AUGGACGAAACCGGUCUCUUCUACGCUAUGCGUCCGUCUACGGGCCUUGCUCGGAACGGUCGAAAUGGUGUCAAGAUGAAUAAGACUCGCAUCAUUGCGAGACAUGAGGCGUGGAACGACAUCCGCCCCGAGACGAUUGCCAACUGCUGGCGCCACGCUCAAAUCUUGUCUGAUCGCAAGAACAAAGGAUUGACCGACCAUACACCUCUUCCCAACGGUGGCGGGCCUCUCAAUGGCGAUCGCGGCAUCAUCAACGCGAUGAACGCUCUGAAGACGGCGAACGAUAAGCUGGUCGAAAAGGGCAUAGUUACGAGCAACGAGAAGAUGAGUAUCCACUUUCUCGUCGAUGUGGAGGAGAACCUUGCUGGUGGGGCGGAAAUGACCGAUCAGGAGAUUGUGGACCUGGUCAUUGCCGAAGAGUUGAAAGAGAAUUGCGAGGGAGAAGGAGGAGAGGAGGAAGCGGAGAUAGAGCUCCGACCGGCGGAGCGAACGACGCUGCAGGAGGCAAUCUCAGCGCUUGAUGUUUUCCUUACGUUUGCUAUGAAUGGAUACUCAGGUCCAACGGAUUUGAUUUCUUUUGAGGACGAGGCUAGGAGGAUUCGCAGGACUCUUGUUGCCGAGCAGGAUGCUGCGAGGAUUCAGACGACAGUGACUUCGUAUUUCCAGCGUCAGUAG